GUUAAUUACUUAGAAGUCUCUCUUGCUUUGUUGGAACAAAAAAUUACAUUAACAUUGAACUCCACGAUCGGUUAAUCCGGCAAUAAUCUUAAUUCAUAAGGUAAGUUUGUCAAUAAAGAUGAAAAUUUGUUGAUUUUGAUUGUUGCUUCAAGCUUUCCCUAUAGUUUGGAAAAUUUAGAACUAUCAAUCAUGAAAAAUAGUGUCCAUUUAUUAUAUGCAUUUAUUAGAUGUUUUAACAAUAUUUUAAAACUGAUACAAUUUAUCAUUGAAGAGGAAGGAGUCAUGCAGGAAGAUGGGAAUUAGAGAAUGAAACAGAUGAAGAUGUUAAAUAAUUUGAAGCUAAACACUACAUAUUUCAUACUUAUAUGUAGUUUAUUUUGAUAUGAAUAUCCACCCAAUGAAUAUUCUUAUAUAAAUUGUUUAAAAUGUAAUUAAAAAAUUAGUUUUGAGUAAUUUUUUAAUUUUUUUUUUUCAAAAGAACUUAUUUUUUAAAUUGUACACUUAAGAAUAUAAUCCAAACACUACUAAUGAUAGUAAAUCAUAAUUUAAAUUAAGUAUGCAUGAAAUCAAACUUAAGUAUUUAAAACAAUUUGGAUCAAAAUUAUAUGAGUAAUUAAAAAAAUAUUUAAAAAAAAGCAUGAACUUUGCACAUUCUUGAUUUAAUAUUAAGUUGAUUUUUGAAUACAAUAUUACCACAUGCUAUCAUUGCGUGUUACGAAAACUACAUUUCUUCAUUUAUUGUAACCAUUAAUGUGCAUCGCGUGUUACGAAAACUAUAUAAAACUUCAUUAUUUCUCUAACUAACCACCACACCUCCCUUCCCACUGGCCUUUCUCCCGGCCCCCGCUCCUCACCAGUUUUUCUCCGGCGACGCACUCCGCCAGCUUCAAGCUUCCGUCCACGCUGCGUUGUUUUGCCUUUUUUUUUUCUUUUUCUCCUCUGCAUUUCUCUACAGCUAGGCUCAAGGGCACGGUGCUACACAAGCUUAAGACAGUGGUGAAAGUAGUAACCGGGCGCUUUGACCCAUUAAUGCAGCGGUGAGGCUUCCUUCUCUUGGCUAAUUAUUGUCCUUCGGCUGUGAUCCACGCCGAUUAGAUUAGUUUUUCCAUUUCUUGAAGAUGACAGAAGGGCGAAUUCGAACUUAUUCGAUCACCAAUCAGAUUACAUUUGAUGCUGUUUAGCGUCUUUCGAUAGACUCGGAGUAGUUUCGUACCAAUGUGAACACCUUCUAGGAGAAAUUCAAGUAAAUUUUGGUUUUGUAAAUGGCGUUUGGAUAAAGGGUCUCAUGAUGAAAUGGUUUUGAUAAUGCAAUAUAUGGGGUUUUGAACUCUGUUGGAUAUACUGGAGUAAUUGCUGAGGAGUGUUCAAACAUCAUUUGAAAGGAAUCUGAUUUGCAAGACUUUCUAACAACAAGUGUACCUCAAAAUGGAGGUUCCUCUUUUGGAUGAGACGGUGGAGGGCGUAGUUGAUUACCAUGGCCACCCAGUCUGCAGAUCCAUUUCCGGGGGCUGGAGGUCUGCCUCCCUAAUCAUAGCGGUGGAGAUUGCCGAGAGAUUUGCUUACUUUGGAGUUUCCUCAAAUUUGAUUAACUUCUUAACGGACCAGCUCCAUCAGUCAACGGCCACAGCAGCCAAGAAUGUCAACACCUGGUCCGGUACCGCCACCUUGCUACCUUUACUCGGGGCCUUUCUGGCUGAUUGCUUCCUUGGACGAUAUCGUACUAUUGUUCUUUCCUCUGCUCUUUACAUUCUGGGUCUUGGGUUCUUGACUGUGUAUGCAACAUUACCUUCUCCUGACAUUUCUGCCUGCCAAGAGACUGAAAACUCCCUAACAUGUUCCCCCAAUCUAGUACAAGUAAUUUUAUUUUUCUUCUCCUUAUAUCUGGUGGCAUUUGCUCAAGGGGGACACAAACCUUGCGUCCAAGCUUUUGGCGCUGACCAAUUCGAUGGACAGCAUCCCGAAGAGAGCAAAGCUAAAAGCUCUUUCUUCAAUUGGUGGUACUUCGGUAUCUCUUUGGCCAGCCUUUUUACGGUUAAUAUCAUGAGCUAUGUGCAAGAUUAUCUCAGUUGGAGUCUUGGUUUUGGGAUUCCCUGUAUUGCAAUGGUUUUUGCACUUGCAAUCUUCUUGCUUGGAACUAGGACAUACAGGUUCAGCAACAGAGGAGAUGAGGAAAACCCAUUUGUAAGAAUUGGACGGGUGUUUAUCACUGCAAUAAGAAAUUUGCAUGUAAACUCUUCAGAAAUAGCUCAUGUCGAGGAAACCCAUGGCCUUUUACCGCACAAUAACUCUACACAGUUGAGGUUUCUGGACAAAGCUUUAAUUGUACCUAAUAGUUUGAAAGAAGACGGUCAUGCAUGUAGCAUCAAUGAAGUUGAGGAUGCAAAAGCAGUACUGAGGCUCGUUCCAAUUUGGGUGACAUGCUUAGGAUAUGCUAUUGUAUUCUCCCAGUCGUCAACUUUCUUUAUAAAACAAGGAGUCACAAUGGACAGAUCAAUAGCAGGUGGACUUAAAAUACCAGCCGCCUCACUUCAAUCUCUUAUCGGUCUAGGUAUUAUGAUUUCGCUCCUGAUAUAUGAUCGCAUACUCAUUCCAACUGCAAGAAAGUUCACCGGAAAACCUUCUGGAAUUACAAUGCUACAAAGAAUUGGAUUUGGGAUGCUUUUAUCCAUCAUUUCCAUGGUUGUUGCGGCCUUAGUCGAGGAAAAAAGGCUCAAAACAGCUCAAGAAUAUGGUUUGGUUGAUAUGCCAAAGGCGACUAUUCCUUUGAGUAUAUGGUGGCUGGUUCCUCAAUACAUAUUAUUUGGAGUUGCUGAUACAUUCACCAUGGUUGGGUUGCAGGAGUUUUUCUAUGACCAAGUUCCGAGUGGAUUAAGAAGCAUGGGUCUCUCCUUGUACUUGAGUAUUUUUGGGAUUGGCAACUUUUUAAGCAGCUUUCUCAUAUCUGCCAUUGAAAAGUUAAACAGUGGGAUUGGCAAACAAAGCUGGUUUGACAAUAAUCUCAACAAAGCUCAUCUCGAUUACUUCUAUUGGUUGCUUGUUGUUAUUAGUGUUGUUGGGUUGGCUGCUUUCCUAUUUUCUGCCAGAACGUACAUCUAUAAGAAGGGGAACACUACGUGAUUAUAAAGUUAUGAGAUUGGAAAUGCAUUUUUAUGUAACGUGAAAUCCUUUCUUUUGGAGUUGUGUUGACAAUUACAUUUUUUAGAAGCCUUUACUAUGCUUUGUUGGAACAAGAAAUUAGGAAGACCACACAAACUCCACCACCUAGGAGCUUUGUAAUUUAAAACUGUGUGAUUAUUGGAUAUGCAUUGGCAAAUAUCUUAUAUCUUCGAACUCUGUUGAUCGAGGGGUACGUUUCUCGAUGAAGUUGAAAAUUUAUUGA